AUGUCCUCUGGUCUUAUGUUGACUACUUUUUGGGUUUAAUUUCUUUCUAAGAUUGUACAUUGUUCAUCCGUCCACAGGAUGUCGCUAUUCUAACUCAGAAUCUUAAGUUUUUCUUUGGUAUUGCUGUUUGCGCUCGGCUUCCCCUAGUGGCGACUUGCUGUAAGCAGCAGGCAGAAAGAACUUUUUAUUUCAGUUGGAAAAGAGGCCUUGAGGUGUUAAGACGUUACACACCUCCUCUGCACCAUACAUCGUUGGGAACCCUUGACAAAACAAAAUCUGUAAGUUUGUACGUUUUAACAAUGGGUUAGAUGUAAUUUUGAUGUGUCUAUUCUGUUAUUUUGUUGUUAUUUAUGUAUGUUUCAGUUUUACCAGCCACACACACACACGCGCACACGUUCACGCGAAGAAAUAAAUGAGAGGAAGGAGUUUGGGCCUCCAUUUUUCUUUGUCGGUUUAGCUCGCUGCCAAAGUCGAGUAGCCAUACGCUCGGCUGAGGGCAGAAGAGUAAAAAGAUUUUCAACACAUCAAGCACCCAAGAUGUCUCAGCAAGAAGUUUCACCACCUAUCAGCCAAGUGGUCACCAGGUCGGAGGCCAGUCAUUCUCAUUCUUCACGCCGGUCCAGAACGAGUCAAGCUGCUGCACAAGCACGAGCAGACGCCGAAGCUGCCUACGUCAGAGCACGGUACGCCAAACGCCAAAUCGACAUGGAGGUCGAGAAGGCACGCAUCGAGGCAACACUACACGCUCUGAAGACGGAAGGUGAAGCAGAAGCAGCGCUCGCCGCAGCUAAAGUUUGGGAGGCGACUUUCGAAGAAGAGGAGCGCGCCAAAGUCGACCUCAGCGAGCAAGGGGUAUUUUCCAAGACACCCCCCUCCAUCAGGCGUGCACAAGAGUAUGUGCAUGCUCACUUUGACGACCAGCGUGUGCAAGCAGAUGGCACACAAACGCCAAACACUGAGCACCUGGUUAGGCACAAUGACUCUCAACAACCAGAAAAUAGCCCAAAAUCAGCUGGUGCUUUUCCACAUGUGCGUCACAUCGACAUCGCUGACGAAGAGCAUCUCCAAUCUCAUCGUGCGAGAACGGACAUCUCACACCAGCCUACACCUUCAGCAACCCCACAAAGUGAACUGUCCAAUUUAGCAGCCUAUCUAGCACGGCGUGAUCUGCUGACAUCGGGGUUCAAGGUUUUCGACAACCGGCCAGAGUCCUACCUGUCCUGGAAGUCCAUGUUCUGCAACGCGACGGAAGGCCUCAAUCUCAAGCCCAGCGAAGAGCUCGACCUUCUCACCAAGUGGCUCGGCGGGGAGUCUCUUCAACACGCUCAGAGGAUCAGGGCGGUCCACGUGAGUAAUCCACAGGCAGGUCUCCAACGUCUGUGGCAGCGGCUAGACAAGACUUAUGGCUCUCCAGAGGUAAUUGAAUCCUCACUCUUCCAACGGUUGCAGACUUUUCCAAGAAUCUCCAACAAAGACACUCACUUACUGCAGGAGCUUGCUGAUCUUCUGUUAGAGCUAUCGUAUGCCAAAAGUGAAAGUUAUUUGCCGGGUCUUAGCUUUCUCGACACACCAAGGGGCAUAAACCCGAUAGUUGAAAAACUCCCAUAUGGACUCCAGGAGUCAUGGGUUACACAAGGUACCAAAUACAAAAGGGAAAACGGUGCAGUCUAUCCACCUUUUUCGUAUUUUGUGCGGUUCGUAAAUGACUACGCUGAAAUGAGAACAGACCCUAGCUUUAUGUUACAGUGUUCAAACGUAAUAAAUCCAAGGGUUGAUAAGACAUCAGUAAGACGAGACAAAUACAGAGUUCCAUUGGCGGUGAAUAAAAUAGAGAUCAGUCCGGCUAAAUUGACAGCACUCGAUCCAGACAAACGAUGUCCUAUCCACCAAAAACCACAUUCACUCGUCAAAUGCAGGGGGUUUAGAAUGAAAACACUAGACGAAAGAAAGAACAUUCUCAAAGAGCACGCCAUUUGUUUUAAAUGUUGUGCGUCCACAAAUCACAGGGCUCGAGACUGUAAAGCUAUUAUCCAAUGCUCAGAAUGUGAUAGCGAUGCUCAUGUGUCUGCCAUGCAUGUCGGUCCACCUCCAUGGACACCUCAAGACUUUAAUCCCCCAACCCAGAGUCACGGCGGGGAGUCUGAGGGCCCAAAUCCUGUGAACACAGCCAGUUGCACAGAAGUAUGUGGGCAAGGCGUAAAAGGAAAAUCAUGCUCAAAGAUCUGUUUAGUUAAUGUAUAUCGCCGAACUUCUCCAGAAAAGAAAAAGAGGGUAUAUGCCAUGUUGGAUGAUCAGAGCAAUUCAUCCUUAGCCAGAUCUGCGUUUUUUGACAUGUUUAAUGUGCAAGGUACCAUAUUCCCAUACACCAUGAGAACAUGUGCAGGUUUAUCAGAGACACAAGGUCGUAAAGCUGAUGGCUUUGUUGUAGAAGAUGUAGAUGGUAAGGUCUCCAUGAUGCUGCCUACAAUAACAGAAUGUGAUCAGAUUCCAGAUAAUAGAGACGAAAUUCCCAGCCCUGAGGUAGCAGCAGCUCACCCUCAUUUGCGAUCAAUCGCUUCACAGAUUCCUCCUCUCGACCCAUCGGCAGACAUUCUUCUGCUCCUGGGAAGGGACAUCAUUCAGGCUCAUAAAGUUCGUGGUCAGGAGCCUUUCCAACCGAAGAUCGUGCUGUAGGCAUGCAAGGUCUUGACAUUGGGCAGACUACCCCACCAAUGCAGCGCAGUUUGGGCUUAGGAUGGGAGCUGUUGACUG